AUGGCGGCUGGCAUGGACUCCUUGUCCUCCGUGGAAUUCCGCAACCGGCUCACUGCUGAAGCCGGGGCGGGCAUCAAAUUCCCGAACACGCUUAUGUUCGACCACCCCACGCUGCGAGCAAUCGCCGAUCUGGUGCAGUCCCAGAUAGUAACUGACUCUCCGGCGGUUUCGGCGACACCGGAAGCAAAAGCCAUCGUGCGUACAGGAAGCUUCACUGUGGCUGUCCAGGGCCUGGCGGCCUUCUUUCCAGGGGGCCCCGAAGGCUUGGAGUCCUGCUGGUCUCGGUGGCUACAGCGCCAGGAUGCCAUCACCGCCAGAGCCUCAGAGAUUCCCUUCUCGCGGUUUGAUCUUCAAGAAGUCUUUGAUCAAGACAUGGAGGCGCUGGGGAACGUAAUGUACGCCCGUCACGGCGGCUUCGUGGAGGGUGCCGAAUUCUUCGAUUCGGGCUUCUUUGGCAUGUCCGCGGCAGAAGCGAAGACCAUCGAUCCGCAACAGAGGCUUGCUCUCGAGAUGUCUUACGCUGCAUGCCACCAUGCCGGCCGUGCCAAGCAAUCGCUAUUGGGCUCCGACACCGGCGUCUUCGUCGGACAGUGUAACAACGAUUGGGCCAAGUUUUCCAAGGAGCGAUCUGCGAAUCCCUACACGGGUCCCGGUACACAUGCGUCCAUCUCAUCGAACCGAAUCUCCUACAGCCUCGGGCUCAGGGGUGCAAGCGCAUCCGUGGACACAGCCUGCUCAUCUUCCUUGGUUGCUCUAGACAUUGCCUGCCAAAAGCUGGGCUUGGGUAUGCUGGCAGCCUUGAUGACCGGCGUGCAGCUGAACCUGAUAGCAGAGCCCUUCGUUGCAUUCUCAAAGGCGCGCAUGCUGUCCCCGGAUGGUCGCUGCAAGACCUUCGAUGCCUCUGCAAACGGCUAUGUCCGUGGCGAAGGCUGUGGCUCAGCUUUGCUGCAGAUCGCAGCCUCUGAAACUGCCGGCGCUUGGGCGCCCCUGCCUGCCAUUGCCUCAACAUCGACGAACCAGGCUCAGAGUUGUGGUCCUUGUUUCUUCUUAAACCGGGCAACUCGAAGCCUAAAUCCUGAGCGCUGCUCCUACGUGACCCAAGCUGUGAACAUAAGACCCAACGUCCAAAAUCCUAAACCCGAAACCUGA